CACGGUUACACCCCUAUCUAAUCUCAUAAAUCUGCUUAUUAAUUCCACCGAUAAAUUUUACCAACAUACCCAUUUCUUCCCGCAAAAUUUCUAUCAACAAUGGCGGCGAUCACCGUGCAAUCUCACCGAACGAAUUCAUUCUCUACUCCGUUGAAGUUAAGCUUUAACGAUAAGUCUGUAUGCGUUAUACUUUUCAUAUACCAGAGUUUAAGUAAACGGUGGCUCAGUACCAGCACCAAGUCAAGUCAUUCUGAGUUUCUUGGCACUGAGAAUGCGUACGAGGUUCUCGGAGUUGCUGAGAAUAGUUCAUUUGAGGAAAUUAAGGCUUCUUUUAGAAAACUGGCGAAAGAAACGCAUCCUGAUCUAGUUUCGUCGUCGGACACUGGUUCGGCCAAUUCAAAUCGUUUCGUGGAAAUUCUCGCUGCAUAUGAGAUUUGUUAUUUACUCUCAAGGAAGUGCUUGUUCGUUGUAGUCUGUCUUCCAACAAGGAUUCUGUCAGACCCCACUAAGAGAGCCCUUUAUGAUCAGUAUCUGCUGACUACUAGACACGUUGCACAGAAAGUUUCGCGUGAAAGUUUAAAUUAUCAUAUGCAUGCCACAAACGUGACCAGAAUAAAGCAGAUGGAGGUUGUUGAAUGGUUGAGGUGGUAUAGAUAUGCUGUGAAAGAUAUACUAUCAGAGAGAAGUUUGCCUGCUGGUUCGGGUUAUUUUGAUGUGCUGCAAAGAGAAUUCUAUUCAGCUAUACAUUCAGCAUAUUUUGGUCCUGAAAUUCAAUCACUGGACGUUCUUCCCGAUCGUUUCGAAGCAGAGGAGAGGUCUAUAUGUGAAACAGCUGAGGUUCUGCACUUGGUAUCAGGGCGUGAUCAUUUUGGGAUUGUCCGGAUUGCAGAUGAUGUUCUUGAGUUAUCUGAUGUCUCUUACAAAAAACUAGCCAGAGGACAUAUUGAUUUAGAUUUGUCUCAAUCUGCCAACAACUCGGACUGCCAAACAAAUUUUGCAGAUAAAGCAGCGAUGAAACUGCCCCCUCGGACCAUGGGAGGUAUUAGAUGUCAUGCUUCAGAUGCUUACAAAGACUUGGAAUUGCAUAUAUGCGGGAGACUGGUUGCUGUGGCAACUAGAGUCCCUUCAAAAGCUUCUUUUGGUGCAAAAGAACCUUCUGCUGAUACUGACAAGGAUAUUUCUCAAGAUAAGAUACAUGUUUUUCUCAGUUCACUUGAACAACCUGGGAUUGCGGAUCAUUACAAUUUCAAGAAAAGCACUUUGCAUGGUUCAGAUUCAAAGAACUUAUUGGGUACUGUAAUAGGGCUAGGAACUAAUCCUGAUGAGAGCUCUUGUGAUGUACUCAAUGGCAAUGGAUUCAAAACUCAUGUAAUUCUCAAGCACAGGACACCAAUGGUGAAACACGUACACUGGUUUCAGUUGGGUGAUGAAGUUUCUAUUUGCGAGUGUAGAUGCACCAGGGCUCGAUUGCCUCCUAGCAAGUUUUGGCUGUUUGAGCCACGCUGCAACACACAUGAUAUUGGUGGUUGGUACGUGGAAACUUAUGGAAGGGAUAGAAAAAGUCGAACUGUUCCUUCACAAAGAUACUGGGAUGGAUUCAAUGUUCAUCAAGAAUUUGAUAAGAGACUCCAUCCUGCAGUUUAUUUGCUUACUCUUGCAUAUAGGACUCUUGACAUUGAAAAUGCAAGAAGAACAAAGCGAACUUUUUGGGAUAUUACUGGAGGAAAAUUGUUUAAAAUGUUUCACUGGUGCAAGAAACUGGUUUAGGGGCAGUAUAAGAACGUAAGGCUGUUGGUUGCUGUCAUCUCAACUUGAGUUUUUCUAUAGGUGGCCUUCGGUGGUUCCUGAGGGGGUUGCUUCUACGAAGUUUUUUGGAUGUUGUCUUGUUUGCUGUCCCAAGAUCCUUCCGUAAGAUUUGCCAUUCUUAAAACUCACCUGUGUUCCUAAAUCGAAGUCCAUGGGAGUUGGGAAAAACACGUUUCGGCAUGUUUAUGUCACACCUGCGUUUAUGAAAGCACGGAUGAUGACCUUUGAGAGGCGUAUUGAGAAAAUUAAGGUUUAUGAAGCUAUAAUCAACAGCGUAUUGACAAGCCUGGUAUAAAUUGAGGUAUCUUAUUUGGAAGAAAGACUUUUAACAAGAUAAUACUGAGAAAGCAAUCAUUCUUUUGAUGGAGGGACAAUCCAAACCGUUGGAGAGCAGGAAUGGCAAUGGCAGAAAAUCCAAGGAAAGUUAAUUUUGACAAAAAUUUUGGUGCGAAACAGGGAAAUAUGGGACAGAAUACGGAGUGGGCAAAUGGGGGCCGUUUUGAGCUCAAUCACCCAGUGCAUAAGGGAAUAGCAAUAGCGGAGGAUUCAACUAGAAGUAUCGAAAAUUGGACGUACCAAUUUUUGAUGGGGAGAGUUCGAAUGGUCGGAUAAUGACGGCAAAUGAGUACUUCAAAGCGACUAUAAUAAGCAUGAAGGGAUAAGCAUUACUCAUGUAUUAAUGGGACAAUCCAAAUUGAUUGUUGUUGAGGAAGAAGAGGAGAUAAUUGAGGUCAUGGUGAUAUUUUGGACAUUAGACACUUAAAUUAAAUACGUUCUUAAGGCAUGGAUUCCUUCUCGCCAUACCAAGAAUUUAAUUACACCUUUUAAUCUCUUUCUUCGAUAUUAUUUUGUAUCAAUUUUAUUUGAUGCUCUUUUCUUCUAUUAUUUACAUACAAAUUAUCUAUCAAAAGAUUAAAAGAUUAAUUAUAUAAUGCUGAUAAUUUAUUGCAAAUCAUUGUAUCUUAAAAGUGUAUUUCAGGUUUUAAGCCUAAACACUAAGUAGGUGGAAUAACGUUUUUAAGAAUACUAGACAGUAUCUUGUUUUGGUAUCAAGUUUUCGUAGAUAGUAUUGUCUUAAAGUAUCUUCAGUUUAAGGUUAUUUAUUUAUUUUAAGUUAAUUAAAUUCGUUGUAAUUUCAAUUUCUAGAAAUUUGUAUUAGGCUGCAAAACACUUGUAAUCUUAAUUCGGUACUUGUAAUCUCUAUUAAGUUUUAUUUAUAUAAAACAAACAUCAAUCUAAAAGGUUACUUUAGAUUUAACCGUAAUUAUAAGCCUAGUGUAAAAACAAGGCCGUAUCAUAUCACAUUGGCCAUAUUGUAAAGGUUUUUAAAAUAGACGAAUUGAUAUUUCAUGUGUUGUGGAGGAAAGCGUCAAUAGAAACACAAGAAAAAACACUCUUAGAAAUAAAACAUUCUUUCAAUCACAAACAUCACUUCCAUUAAUUCCCAUAACUACUUAAGAACAGAGUUCUUCCAGGAGCAAAAAAGAAUACCAAAACCAACAUUGAAGAAUAAAUAAGCACAA